CUUCAUAACAUUAUGGUUGAACCACUGAUGUCUUACUGGUUUGGGAAGUACAUGUAAAAAAAUUAUAUGUCAUGUGGCAAUGGCCAUCUUCUGUUACCAAAGACCUCCAGCUGACUUUCCUUUCACAUCCAAAUCUGGCUGGCCAACACACAAAAACAACAAAAACAUUGUGAUCCACUAAUACACGCCACAGAUUCAUUCAAAAUGGAGUAGGGAUUUGUUUUUGUGUGUUUGAUGAACAGAUCAAUGAAGGGAAGAAACUAGACAGCACAUUUAAAAUAAGAGCUGAGUGCAGAUGGAUUUAGCUGAACUGUCUGACUAUGCCAUUUCUGCUUGACACACACAAACACAAAUAUACAAGCAUCAUACACACACACACACACACACACACACACACACACACACACACACACACAGAGCAAAGCUACAUUAGUAGGCAGAGGAUGUGUCAUUACUGGGCAGCAUUAGCAGGCUCUGAAAGAAUGAAGCAAUUGAGGAAGAAAGAGGGAGAGGAUAGAGAGAGAUGGAGAGUGGCACUGAAAAGGUUCUGUACCAGCGCUCUUUUGUUCAAAACACACACGCACACACACCUGCCUGUGCAAGAACACGAUGGUGAGGAACUCGGAUAUCAAGAGCGUGCUAGGAAUUAUACUACACUAAGAAUUAAGAACUACUUCAUAAUGAGAGUUUUAAAUUAAAACACUGAGUUUUGUGUGCUGAUUGUGAGAGAAAAUCUGUGAGGAAUUUAUUAAAACAUGGUAAAAUGUGUUUAACGGAGAUGACGGUAUGGCACUUACAAUAUUUGAUUAAAUUAGAACUUUGUUGAAUCACCAGAAAAAUUUUCCAAAAUCAGAAACUGUGUUAAUUCAGUAGAAUUUAUCCGAGUUGGAAUUAAUAUUUUUAACAGACUCCAUGCCAGGAAUAUAAAUCUCAGACAAAAACAUCUUAAGACCUGAAUUACAGGUUAAGUGUUGCUUAAUGACUUGAAGAAAGAAUGAAAACAGGAAGGAGAGGGAGGGAGUGUGAAUAGAAAAGAAAGCAGAGGAAAUGGAUGCUGAAUGAGGGAAUCCUAAAGAGGAAACAGAGAUGUCAGCACUUCCUCUCUCCCUCUCUUUUUUGUACCAGGGCAUAGACUCUACUACAUCUCCCCACCCUGCCUCUCUCUCUUCUACGUUAUCAUAGUGAUCCCAGAAAGGGACCCGCACAGAGAAAGACGGGAUUUGGAUUUUACUGCAGCAUAAAGCGAGAAUAGCAUAAAAAUAAGAGAUCAGAGUUGUGCUAAUCUGGAGAUCAAGCAGAAAGAAAGAGGUGAGGGAUGGAGAGAAACUGAAAGACAGAAAGAGGACAGAGUGAUGACAAGGAGAAGGAACACAAUGAAGAUGCCCGUGUGUGCAGCGGUGUCCUGCCUGCUUUUGCUGUGGUUUACUUGCACUGACGUACAUGCAGAAUGUCCCAGUGUUUGCUCCUGUAGCGAGACCCAUCGGACAGUUGACUGUUCCUGGAGGGGAUUUAGGCAUCUGCCGGUGGGCCUGCAGCGAAACAUUCAAUCCCUCAACCUGACCCACAAUCGGCUAUCUGACCUGGACCACCACCUAAGCUCCUUCACACAUCUGCGCAUCCUGGACAUCUCCUACAACCGCCUGCUUCAUUUUCCAGCCUCGCUACCACGGGCGCUGUGGCAAAUCAACGUCUCAGGAAACCGUCUGCGUGUACUCAACAAGGAUGACACAGCAUACCAGUGGAACCUCAGAGUUCUGGAUCUGUCCGUCAAUAAGCUGGAGCGUGUGGUCUUCAUCAACAACACGCUCCCCAACCUGAAGGCUCUUAACCUUAGUCAUAACAAGUUCUGGACGGUGCCUACCAACAUGCCUCAAAACCUGGAGGUGGUGGAUCUAUCCCAUAACAGUCUGGUCCAGGUUCUACCAGGGUCCCUGAUCCGGCUACACAGGCUGGCUCGGUUCUACUUGCACGCAAACCGCUUCACCUCGGUCAGUGAAGAGGCGUUUGAGCAUCUGCAAAGUCUGAAGCUCAUCACUUUAGGGGACAAUCCCUGGGCUUGUGAAGAAACUGCCAAUAUCAGCCACCUAUUGGUGUGGACCAAACACACUUCCGCCCGAGUGUUGGGCUGCCCCUGCCACACCUGGCACACCUGCGGAGAGGCUCACCUGUCCAAGACAGGGAGCUGGCACUUUGGCACCUACACGCUGUCUCCAUACGUCUUCGGCACUGAGGAGCCAAGCCAUCCAUAUAUACAAUCGGUCACCACACACUUCUGGUCAGGGACGUCACUCCCAAACACCAGGGAUGACCAAACAGGAAGCACCAAGGAACAGGAGUCUUUCAGAAAUGGCCGUAUCUUUACUUCAACUUUACAGGUUUCUCAUUCUAAUACUCAUUCAACUACAGAAGGCCCAGUCACAACUGGCGACUUCGUCACCACCAUCUCCACCACCCGCAGGACCACCACUCUCCGCACGCGGAGUGUGAAGAGACCCAAUCAGAAUCUCAGCCGAAACACAAGCUCAAGAUGCAGUGUGGGUUCACUCUACACAUCAGUCUGCUGUACACUCCUCCUGAUGGCUAUGAUGCAAGGGCUCUGAGGGUCAGCCAAGUCACACAGUAUUUCUUCUAAACUGGAUCAAACUGUAAAUUCAUGUUAACAAAUGGAUAACACGUUGUGCAUUUUCAAAUAAUAUUUGUGUGUAACAUCAUGAAAAGAUUAAAUGAACUUCUGAGCUUCUAAAACAGAACAGUCUCACAAUAUAGCUAAGUGAUGUAAAAGACCAACAAGCAGGAUUAUUUUUUGACAUACAGGUGUGGAGGCAUUUCAUAUGUUAAUUAGAUUAACUUCUGACAAUCCAUUUUGUUUUAAAAAAUGAUUAAAUUAAAUGCAUGAAUCUGUUAAUGCUACUGCAAUAUUAAAAACAUAAACAAAAAGCAUUCCUUUUUAAUCAAAAGCUCUGCACUGUUCAAUAAAAUUAUAAAAUCAGUAUAAUAAAAUAUAAUGAUUUUCUCUCAUUCAGUAAAUAUAAUAUGCUUUAUGCCAGCAUAAGAGUACAACUAUUGCAUUUCCCAGCAGGUAAAUUUACCAGCCAGAUUUCUCCAUCCAAGGAUUUUUUUUUGUAAAAAAAUAUUUAAUGCUUCAAUCAGUUAAACAGUUUAAAAAAAGAUUUUUUUUUUUUUUUUUUUUUUUUUUUUAAGUAAUUUUCCAAAUUCUUUCAAAAUGUUUGCUGCAUGUUUAAAAAUAUGCUACACAUAUACUGUUUUUCUGAGUAAGAAAAAACUCACUCAUGACACUUAAUAAAAAUUAUUUCGUGUAUACAAUUUAACAAAUAAACAAGUUAAUAUUAAGUGAUUACAUUGUCAACUCCAUUUCGUUGUCAAAAAUAGUUUGAAACAAGUCACAACUGAGCCACUUCGCAUCUCCAUUCAAACACAGCCAUGUUUCGUUUAUAACUUAAAGUGCAUUUUUAAACAAAUCUAGUGAGUCAAUGAUUCAAUUUCACAUUCAUAAAGACAACUUGCUUUAUUCCUGAAUGAAUCAGCCGUUCGAAUGAAUCAAAUGAAUGAUUUAGUAAUUAAAUCAGUGACUUGCCGCCACCUACUGGCAGUUUAAGCUUAAUUUUUAAAGUAUCGUUUCAGUUAUUUAAAUCAUUUAAUAUUUCUAUAUUUAAAAUGUUAUAUUUACAACAUUAAUCUCAACAUGAAUUUAUGAAUUUGAUUGCACUCAUGCCACUUCUGAGCCUCAUUAAAAUCUGAAAAUACACCUACAAGACACUUUUGUGUUCUUCUGUGCCACCUCUGUAGUGCAAAUUAAUUUUGUUAAUACUGAUUUCAUUUGAUUUGUAACUUCUUAUUCUACUUGUUCUUAAUGAAGUUCUUUAAUUUACUUUAAGGAGUCAAAUAUCACCUUGCAAUGGGAAGGCAAAUUUUUUAUCAGAUUGAUUAUGGAUAAGAAAGCACUUGUAAAAUUUUGACUGUGCUCCUAAAUUUAAGUGCUCUUUUUUAGGUGCUCCUAAAAAGAAAAGCAAGAGUAGAGCCCUGUUAACCAUGUAAAUUUUUGUUACGUUCCAAAAACUACUGACAAUCAGCAGAGACACUUGAUCAAGAUGGUCUACCAGUUCCUUCAGGUCCCAAACAGCUGGUAAUCCAUCACAGCUACCUAAACCAGUGCUGAGAAGCUUGAUACCAUCUAUCACGUAGUUAAGCUGAUGCUAACACAGUUUUCCAGCUGGGAAAGCAGGGUUUAUUUUUCUCACUUCUUCUACACAUCAUUCUUUUAUUAUCAUGGCUGACUAUUCAAACACAAAAUAUUUAGAAACCCUGUUAUUACCAAUGACAGUGACAAACUCUUACGUCAGGUUACCCAGCUAUGCAAGAAUAUAAACUUUAAAGACUUGACUAUAUAUGGAAAUCUUUUUGUUGUAAACACAGCAACUAAAGCCAGUCUUCCAAUUUCACCAUGAUACCUCACUAAAAACAAACAAACAAUUUGUUAAACAAAAGGAAAUCUUGUCAGCAUGAUCUUUCCACCACUGACCGUCCUUUUUUAAAGAAUCAUGUGACUUCUUCCACUGGUGUCAUUAUUAAAAGCAUCCCCGUCGGUCUAGAGACACUGCACAUCACCGCUCGCAGAGAUAAAGCAUCAGCAUUAUUUACGUGGAGCACCGCUGGUGAGUACCUGGGGAAUGUUAUUUCUUUGAACUAAUGCAAACGCAAUACAUUUUGAAUAAUGCUCAACCUCUGUGAACAUAAAUGAAUCUUUUAUCUAAAAAAAAACAUUAUGGAGCUAGUAAAAAAAAAGAAGUGCUUAUGCUUCCAUACUGAUAUGAUUUUUCUGUUAUGUUUUUCUCAGAUCAGAGAAAUGGCCCUAAGAGUGGACAUCUGUGUGGUUCUGCUUGUUGUGAUGCUCAACUGUAUGCAGGUCCAAAUGCAAACUACCCGCAGUGUAAACACUACUACUUCAUUUACCACCACCAACACUACUAAAAAUAAUGGGAAUGGCACUAACCAGAAUACGAACAGCAACCAAUCAGCUAGUUCCACCGGCACCGGCACCGGCACCGGCACCUCCACAGGCACGAAUGGGAAUAUGAACACCAGCUCAUCAUCCACCUCCCAAAACAACACCGCGCAGAACGCUAAAAAUGCAACUGCCAGUGCUGUCGUUGGCAGUUCCUCCUCUUCCUCCAUGACUAGCUACUUCAAACUUUUGCCGCUUGUGUUCACGGCUCUGAGCUUUCUACAGAUGAUACAGUGACCAUCAACCUCCCUUGUGCUUUGAAGGCAGACAAUAAUGUGAGAUUCCUCAGAGACUUAAUUGUCUUUCUGAAAUGCUAUAACACUUACGUAGAUGUUAAAUGAACAGCCUUUUGCUUAACAUUAGCGAAAAAUAUUUUAAAUAUGAAAAAUACUGGUACUAUUCACAGCCAAUGUGAAAUGGGCAAUCAGGGGUUUGUUUUCAUUUAUUGCUGUAAAAUGCUUUAAUAUCUUUAUAAUUUAAUCAACAAGGUAAUUUUAUGCAUCUGUAAGCUGUUAGUUAAUUGACUGUUCUCAGAAGCAAUAAAACUGAACAAAAGAAAGCUGUGUGCUUU